CUCUCACCACCUUUUAUGAUCUAGCCAGACUUGGCGAGCUACUACCGAACAGUCAACACAACAUCACCAAAGUCCCGACGCUGCAAGCACUAAAGUUCGAGAAAACCAGUGGCGAUACAUUCGUCACAAUACAACUAGCAAAGAUGAAAAAUCACAAAUCAGCUAACCGAAUAUCACUAGUCAUCAACCCUACCAAUGACAGCCUCUGCCCUUGCCCUGUAUGCGCGCUGAAAUCCUACACACAGCUUCGAACACAAGCAUCGUACGCUAAACACAGCACAACCCUGUUCAUCAAACAAGACGGCACAUGGGCCACAAAAUACUGGUUCGUCUCUAAACUCAAAAAACUCCUCCCCCACGAGGACAUAGCUGGACACAGCUUUCAGGCAGAAGGCACCACUGAGCUAGUAUCUCGCGGGGUACAACUG